GCCGAAGGAAAAAGUAUUUCGGGUGCGUGAAAAUGCGGUGCACAAAAGACGAGGAGCCGUCAGGAGACGGGUCCACCAGGUCAACGGCCACAAAUUCAUGUCCACCUUUCUGCGCCAACCAACAUUCUGUUCUCAUUGUCAAGAUUUCAUUUGGGGUCUUUAUCGUCAAGGUUACCAAUGCCAAGUUUGUACAGUUGUUGUUCACAAAAGAUGUCAUGAGCAGAUCAUUACUCGCUGUCCUGGCCAUAAAGAUGAAGGCGUUAAUGACGUUGGGUCACAGCGAUUCAAUAUUAACAUCCCCCAUCGCUUUUCCCUCCACAAUUUCCGAAGACCGACUUUCUGUGAUCACUGCGGGUCUCUGCUCUAUGGUCUCUUCAAACAAGGCGUGCAAUGUGAAGUGUGUAAAAUGAAUGUCCAUAAAAGAUGUAGUAGAAAUGUGGCCAACAACUGUGGUGUGAAUAACAAAGAAAUGGCAAACAUUCUUAGAGAGAUGGGAGUAACAGGAGAUAAGCUUUCAAUAAAGAGAAAAAAGUCUUCUUUUGAAAUUCGCAGUCACACUCCCAUCAACAACUCUAGAUCACUGUCGCUCUCGUCUGCGCCCCUUAUACCGGAGCUGGAAGGUACCUCCAACCGUCAUUCGGCAUUUGCAUGUCACCAACCCUAUAGCAUGCACCACUACCUUGAUCAGAGUACCAGUAAGAUUGAAGAGAUGGCUGAAAACACGGACAAGCUUACGCUAGGUGAUUCUAAGAGCCACGGAGGAUCAGCCAUGAGGACACAAUCACUACAGGAGGAGCUGGAGAGGAGACCAAGCAAACGUUACAACUUGGAUAACUUUACCUUCCUCAAAGUCCUUGGUAAAGGAAGUUUUGGCAAGGUAAUGCUCGCGGAGCGGAAGGGAACCGAUGAGGUCUAUGCCGUCAAGGUUCUUAAGAAGCAUGCUAUUAUUCAAGAUGAUGACGUGGAGUGUACCAUGACAGAGAAGAGAGUCCUGGUGCUGGCUAACCGUCAUCCUUUCCUUACAUCCCUACAUUCCUGCUUCCAGACUAAGGACCGAUUAUUUUUUGUUAUGGAGUACGUCAACGGAGGUGAUCUAAUGUUCCAGAUCCAGAGAGCCCGCAAGUUUAAUGAGCCACGUGCCAGGUUUUAUGCUGCUGAAGUCACGUUAGCACUAAUGUUCUUACAUCGGCAUGGGGUAAUAUACAGGGAUUUGAAGUUAGACAACAUUCUUCUAGAUAUGGACGGUCAUUGCAAACUAGCUGACUUUGGUAUGUGUAAAGAAGGUAUCUUAGAUGGUCGUACCACUGCCACAUUCUGUGGAACUCCGGACUACAUCGCCCCCGAGAUUCUCCAAGAGCUAGACUACGGUCCGUCGGUAGAUUGGUGGGCUUUGGGUGUGCUCAUGUAUGAGAUGAUGGCCGGUCAACCACCGUUUGAAGCAGACAAUGAAGACGAUCUCUUCGAUUCCAUCCUUCAUGACGACGUCCUCUAUCCAGUCUGGCUCAGUAAAGAAGCAACAUCCAUCCUCAAAGCUUUCAUGACCAAGAACCCCAGCAAGCGUCUAGGCUGUAUGGAAGCACAAGGAGGAGAAAGGGCUAUCUUAUCACAUUCUUUCUUCAGAGAGAUCCAUUGGCAAGAUCUAGAAGACCUCAAAGUAGAACCUCCAUUCAAACCUAAGAUUAAAACAAAGAAAGACUGGAACAACUUCGACACGGACUUCACUCGCGAGGAGCCUAAGCUGACGCCCAUCACCACCAAGAUCGUAGAGUCUAUCAACCAGAAUGAGUUCAGUGGUUUCACCUAUACCCGCCCAACAGCUGAAGAGAACCAAGCUACUACUACAGACAUCGACUAGGAGAUAAGCGCAAACAGGAGGAGGAGCUUCAUUUUUUCUACCACUGGGAUUAUAUGCAAUAGACUUGAUGGAGGAGGAGAAUAUGGAUGAAGACUUUCAAGGUUUUGGCCAAAGGAUGCUGACAUCUUGUUAAUGCAAUGCGCGUGUGGAUCGCUGCGAAAAAUUUGUAGCGUGCACCAGAUCAUACAGAUGGUGACACGAAGACACUGAAGACUUGUGUGGAUCUUUUGGAGCAGAGUGACAAGUGUAUUUGCUGAAUUUUCAUCCGUUGAGACGGUCGUGGGUCAUGAGAACGAUGUGGUCCUAAGCACAGCAGGUGUUUUUUUUAUCAUGUAUGAAAAAAAAAUUGUUCAAACUUUCAUCGAGCGGGAAAUGUGUGUGCUGCUAUGAAAUGACUUUUUGAUUCUUAGCCUUUGAAGAAGGCUUUGAGUCAGCUGCAGUUUAUUAUCUUUUUGGGUUGACCUUUGACCCCAAGCCCAUUUCCAAGUUGCUUGAGUCAUACUUUGAGAAUUGUUAAUGAUAUUCCAAGGUUAGGCUAUGUAUGUUAUGUAGUGGAAAUUAAAACAAUGAUGAGUCUUUCUAAAAGAAAAUUGGUCAUUUUGUGAAAUUCAAUCCAUCUCAGUUGAGGCUACAUUUAUAACCAAGUGCAGUAUACUAUCUCUCUCUCUCUCUCUCUUGCUCUUUUACUAUAUCUCUGUCUGUCUUUCUGUCUCCAUUUCUCUUUAUUUUUUAAAUAGUGUUGACUAUUAUUUUUCAGAAAAGGGUUGUAUUUAUUUUGUGGUUGAAUAAAAAAUAAAACCCUUUUGUAUCAUUAAUGUGAACUACUGCAAGUAGAUAUGUGCAAUGGAUCUCAAAAUGAAUAAAACUUCUCAUGUUGGCUGAAGAAAACAAAAAAGAAAUUAAACAAAAUGUAGAUAUUCCAAGACAGGAUUACUGACAAAAGAAAGAAAACUUGUCCAAGAGGGCAUUAGAUUCAAUUAAUCACAUCGCCCAAGUGAAUAUUUUGACUUUUUCUUGUAUUGAUUUUUUUGUUCUAGUUGCUCCAAGCAUAUACAAAUCAAUUUGUUCACAUUAUUGGUGAGAUGAACAAGUCAUUCCCUUUUUCUGAAACCACACCGAUAUUCAAAACUUAAAAUCAGUCUUCAAGAUUUACAUAUGCAAACAUUGAAAUGAUUAAUUAUGUUUAAUAAGAGUAAAAUGUAUGGAUUAUGACUGCAAAAGUGCAAUUUAGCUGUAUUGUAAAGAGACAUUGGCAGCAUAAAGUGACAAUCAGUAAAUAUGUGCAUUUUUCCAUGGUAUUUUAAAAUUACCUGUAUAAAUGAAUAUUGUGUAUAAUGAUUUAAAUUUGACCCUUAAGUAAGCACAUCAAUUUCAAGACAAUAUCCCUCCUUUCAAUUGAGAUAUUGUAUGUUUAACCAAAUGAAAACUUAAAAAGCUUAUUAAACAAAAUAUCCUUUUUGUUGGGCAUGUUCAAAACAAAUACAUUGUGAAACAAAACAAAAAAAAAAGAAUUCUCCGAGUGCGAUUGAUAAUCCGCUUGAAAGAUUUAACCUUUAUGUAAGUAGAUGCACUUGUAUUCUUUCUAAGGCUAUGACAACCGUACGACACAUCUGAACAUGGGUCUUUAUUAUAUAUAAAUGGUUUUCAAUAGCUUUGCUGAAAAAUGUUUUGAAUGAUUGGUGGCAGAAUGAUUUUGUUAGAUUGGUGGCAGAAUGAUUUUGUUAGAUUGGUGGCAGAAUGAUUUUGUUAAUGCCAACCUUUAGGAAAAAGGAACAUGGGGGUGUUUCACAAAGAUUUAAGUACCCGGUACAUGUAUGACUUAGAGUCGGCACGUAUAUCAUAUGCAAUGCACAAUCUUAUUGAUUGAUAUGCAGUUGUACGUUCCUCUUUGCAUGAUCUCACCAAUGCGGUCAAGCCUUUUAUACCACACGCAACUAGGCAUUUAAGUGCGUCUCUAAGUCAUACUUAAAUCUUUGUGAAAUGCCCCCAGAUCUCAUUAAAGGAGGGGGGGGGGAUUCCACCAAAACAAAAUGUUGAUUUGAAUAAACAGAGAAUAAUCAAGAAAACAUACCUCUGAAAAUUUUCGCAAAACAGUUGUUGUAUGCACAUCAGAGUGAUGUGCAAAUGAGAGCGUUAAUGAUGUCGCUCACACAUUAAUGCAAUAACAAUAUGCUGAUUUUUGUAGAUUUGACAAUGAAGAAACUUCAUUGAAUUACACGAGGUUACAGCAAUAGAUUUCUACUGUUCUGUGAGAAAUCAAACUUCUGUUUCACAUUUAAUUAGGAAAAAACAAAAUCAUAUUUCAUUUCAUAUAAUACCCCAUAAAAAUUAUGAGUGAGUGAUGUCUUUGGCUGCCUAAUUUACAUAGCAACAAGGAUAAAUAAGCAAUGCUUCCAGUUCCUACACCCCAGUAUAAGGAGGAUCUUAUAGCUUUUGUGAAAUUAAGCGAAGCUUGAUUGUCAUAACAAUUUUAUUAUACUUUUGAUGAAAUUAUGUGUUCAGCUUGUUUGAUUAUUCUCCUUUUAUUUUAUUUUUUUGAGGGAGGGGGAGGGGGGUGAACUUGCCCUUUAAAGGACAAGUCCACCCCAACAAAGAGUUAAUUUGAAUUUAAAAAAAGAAAAAUCCAACAAGUAUAACACUGAAAAUUUGAUCAAAAUCGGAUGUAAGAUAAGAAAGUUAUGAAAUUUUUAAGUUUUGCUUAAUUUCACAAAACAGUUUAUGCACAUACUGGUCGGUAUGCAAAUGAGGGGAUUGAUGACAUCACCCACUCUAUAUUCCUUUUGUAUUCUAUUACAUGAAUUAUGAAAUAUUAUAAUUUUCUCCUUUAUUGUCCUGUAAAAAAUGGUUUAUUCCUUCUUGAAUAUGUGGAACUAACAUUUAACAUUUUAUUUCAGUCAAGUUGGUCCUUAUUGUCAAACCUGUAAAAAUUAUAAAUAUUGUAUAAUUCAAACAAUAAAAAACAAAAGAAAUAGUGAAUGAGAGACAUCGUCGACUCUCUCAUUUGCAUGUCACCAAGUUGUGCAUAUGACUGUUUUGUGGAAUUUUUUUUUUUUUAUGUCAUAACUUUCUUAUUUUACAUCCGAUUUCAUGAAAUUUUCAUUGUUAUGCUUCUUUGAUUGAUUUUUUUUAUUGAUUCAAAUCAACAUUUUUCUAGGAUGGACUAGACCUUUAAGUGAGAUAUAAAAAAAACACUGGGAUCCUUAUGAUGCUGGAUGGGAACUGGGAGAUCCCUAUAUAAAACCAAUGAGAAUACGAAGAUCCAGUAGGUAGUGUGUUUAAUAUAGGACACAUUUGUGUGUAAUGGUGGUUUUCUAGUUAGAGUUCAUUCUGACAAAUAAAAGCAAUGUUUCAAUUAAAAAGUCAAGGUAUGUUUUUACAAUACCAAAUUAAGUUUAUUGUUGACAAUAAUAUUGGAUUAUCUUGAACUCAUGAAGGAUGAGUUGCUCUAUAAUUAUUUCUUUGCAACUGUUAUCGGAACUCGGAUAUUUUCAUUAUUCUUUCCUUUAUAUUAUGACCAAUAACCAUGUUUUCUUUCAUUACCAUGACAACUUAAUGCUGUUUGGGAGUGUGACUGUCUCUCCUAUCACUUUUCCAGAACCUUUUCAAUUCUCUGACUUGGCAGAUCACAAUUUACCGCU